AUGGCCAACGCGUGGACCGGGUAUUGGUCGCAGGGAUCGCAGGACUCAGCUUGGUGGCAGACGCAAAACCCUGAUAGCAGAGGCGCGGCGAGCGCCGCUUCAGGGCAUAGUGAAGGACCUUGGUGGCCACAAUCGACAUUGCUGGCAUGGCCACCGCUACCUCCACCAAACAACCCUCCGACACAGACAGCACCAUUGCCACCACCAAACACACCUCCGGAGACUCCAACUACGACAGCCCCGCCUACGACCUCGGCCAGAGUUCCAAUCCCCAGCCAGUUCAAAGAGGACUCCGAGCACUACGACACCAACCUCGUCUUCAAGUCCACCCUCCGCAAAAACGUGGAGCCGACAGCGUGGAGUCGCGCAAAGGGCCUGGCAGGCAUGGACGUUCGGGAUGUCACGCUACAAAAGAAGCUUCGCGAGAGCAAUAUCGACGUGGACGCCACCAUCGAGGCCAUAUACAAGGACAAGAAUGAAAAAGCCCCGGACAAGGUCAAGGAAGCCACCGCCUUCGUGACCCCCUUGGUGGACGUCAUUUUUGAGGCCAUGAAGCCAUGGGCGCAAGUUCGCAACUAUGCCGUCAAGAACCCGGACAAUGACAAUCAAGCAGCACAACGCAUGCAAGCCUUGGAGGAGCAGGCCGGCAGGAGCUCCCGAGGCAACCAUCAAGCCGCCAUCGCAACCCAGCCAGAAGCGCAGACGCCUCACCAAAGCAGCCAAAAGCGCAACGAGGACAUCCUCCCACAAUGUUAUACGGGACGUGAGCCACCAUCCAGUAUGACAUCGAUCGCAACGUGGGUCACCGCGCUCAAGAAAGGCCUGCCCCGGGACAAGCACGCAGAGAUUGAUGCCCACAUCCAAUCUAUGCAGACAAUCCUUGAGAAUGCCAAGCAUACCAAAGCGGAGUUGCAGGAGAUGGCUACACGAUGGGGAUUGCCACUGUCACUCACAACAGCACCCAAAGCAUCGCCAAAGAACCUCCAGCAGCUGAUUGCGGCGGUCACCUACCUCGCUGUGAACUGGUCAAGAAAGCCCAUGGUCUCGUUCCAGAACAUCAACAACCGCAUCUUCGACAUCCACCCGCUUCUCUUGCUCGACAACUAUUCAAAAAGCUACGAAGAAGAAUACAAGGGCAACGAAGCCACCCACCCGUCGCUUCAGCAGGUGUUAUGGAACCGCAAGCGGAAGGUUACCGAUAUGGGACACAUGGUUACAGGUCUUGAAACGCUGCAGCUGCCGACAACACACAAAGCCUUCCACAACGUAGGAGCCGGCAACGAUUUCUUUUCUUCCAAACAGCGAAUUCAGAGACAAUACCAAGAACAAAUGCAGCGAUGGCUAAAGCAUCACCAAUUUCCUCGAGAUCAGCGAACCAUCGACGAGUUCGACGAAUUCUUCGAGCAAGAGUGGAAGCAGCACAAACUACAACUACAACAAGAGCCAAGGAUCACGCACAGACUGGCCAAGAACAUUUUGGCAAUGAUCCCCGAAGACUACAUCGUCCAUAACGAGGACCACGCGAAUGCGCACCUCAUGAUAUAUUGCCCCAACGUUUACAAUCAGGCGGCGUACAACACAUGGAUGGAUCAGCAAACAUUCCGAAUGCUUGAUAAAGAUCCAGAAGACAUCAAACAAGAUAUGAAGAACAAAACGCCCAAGGCAGUUGCAAAGCACUACACCAAACUCCUCGCCUACGAGAAGCCGCUGCCGCACGGGUACAUUCUCAUGAAACGCAAAAAGCGAUGGGCCAAGGGGAGGACCAUUAUCGCGUACAGCAAUACGUGCAUCGGCAAAUUGUUGAAGAUCGCUGCCCUGGCUUUACAACAGAUGUUGAGGAUAACCUGGCCCAACCAUUUUGGUGAUGUAAGUUCACCACAACUUUGGGAGGAAAUUCACCAACUCUUCAACAACAACGAGCACAUGUACCCAGAGCGACACUUGAAAUUUCUCAAUCACGAUUUGGUCGGAUUCUUUAAUUCCAUACCACAAUCUGACAUCCUCCAGAGCAUCCACUUCCUCACGUCGCAGUUCUUAGACGACCACAACUCCACCAUCACCGUGGACCCCCACAACAAGGUGGCGCCCGCGCACUCCGGCAAGUCUACAUACAGCGUCAAGUCCAACAUGGUCAAGGUGCAAGCAGAGCACAUCCCUGCCAUCAUCCAGUUCAGCUUUGACGCCUGCGCCUUCACAGCCAUUGGACAGGUGUUCCAGCAGACGUGCGGCACCUCCAUGGGGAAUCAAAUCAGCCCCAUCCUUUCUACAUGCGCAAUAGUGGCAACAGAAAUCACGUGGCUCCGCAUGUACGGGCAGUUCGUCAGCAGCGCGCACCUUCAGGACAAAUUCUGGAUUCGCAGGUACGUCGACAACAGAUUCCGUAUCCAUGCGGACGACAGACGGAUCACCUACAACCUCCACCGAGAGCUGGACGAUCUGUACGGUGACUUGGGAUUUGCGCACCUCCUAGAAAAAGGCCAGAGCUACGCAUGUUCAAGCGGGGCGAUGGUAGGUAGCAGGGUCAAGAAGUGUAAAAAGCCGCGAGCCAUCGCCACUGGAGAUGAACGAGUUCUAACCGACAUUGACACAGACUCGGAGGUCACGGAAUACAAGGUCAGACUGCCACAUGGUCUACCACUGGACAUGACCGCGCCCAUAUGCCCAACAACCAAAGAUGAUCCAGUGGAGCAGGAAUGCGAACAUCUUCUCCGGCAAAGAUACAUUCCUUUCGAAGUGUUCCCAUGGCCCUCUACAAAGCUCAACUCAGAGUUCCUUCGAGCGUCCGCUCUUACCCGAGCAGGCAGACAAGCCAAAGCUUACACCGUCGGCACCUACUACCACGCGGGCAGCAUUGGAGUACGUACCAACACGAGACAACGACCAUGGACGGCAGCCACCCUGGCAUAUACGGUUCGUGCGUGCACCCACACCCCGUUCUCAACGGUGUCCCUAUUAUGCAACAUACACAUGCGCACACAUCGAGACAAGUACAACAAGCCCGGUAGUCUCAACGUCGUCAUUCCCGUGUCAAACUUUCGACAAGGGCACCUGUGGAUACAAGAGGAUGACGGGCCAGAUCUAUCUCCAAACGGACAACACCGUGGUCGGAACAUAGAGCUCAAGUUGCCCGGAGUCGAAUUCGAUCCCUUCAUGCUCCACGGCACCUGUCCUUGGAAGUCAGACCGACUUGUACUCUCAGCGUACACCACCAAUCGCAUCGAGGACAUAUGUAAAGAAGACAAGGAAUACCGCAAGCAGCUCGGCUUCAACCUUCCCUAA